AAAUCAACUAUAAAUAAUUUUAAUUCCAUUAAGUCAUCAUUAUUCUCCUCCUGUGCGGCUGCUUUUGUUGUAACCCGAUGUUUUUUCUGGCUUUUCCCAACGUCUGAGGAGGAGAAGGGGCUAUGUUUACGGAGGGAUUCGAUCCUGUAACAUGGCGACCUCUCUGAUAGUGUACUUGCAGCACAAAAUGAGUUCAACAUGCAAGUAGAAAUUUUUCCUCCGGAGCCUCUCAUUGAGUUCACAAGAUUCAUAAGGCCCCAAAUCCUACUGAAUUGCAGCGGCACUUCAUGCAUUUUAAGCUAGGAGGGCUUAUUCGGCCGUGACCUUGGGUUCUCGGCCGAAAAUGUCUUUUGUAGUCCGGGGGCGAGGUUUUUGCUACGAGAUUUCUUUUGGAUAAUUUUAUCUCAUUUCAGCAACCCUCUAUUUCUUUAGUAAGGUUAAAGAAAUUUAUAUGUUUGUCACAUUUCCCAGGGUUUCUAACCUGAAAAUCGCUGGGAGAUAUUUGGUGAGGAUUAAGGGUUUUAUUAAAGAUUAGGUGUGCUGGAGAAUGUUCGAAGGGUUCCUAAUCCUUUGUUUAUUUCUGCUGGGUCUUUAGGAAGUAAGAUGAAAUGCCGGGGCUAAUUUGGAAUUUGGGAGAAUUGAGAGAGUAGAGGGUGCCAAAGGAUUUUGAAUUUGGAGAGAACUGGUGUUGAAAUGGGCUGUUUUCCAUGCUUUGGAUCUAAAAAGGAAAAUAAAUUCAAUCCGGCCACUAAGAAGGACAGUUUCAAGGAAGCGCAGGUUAAUUGUUCAAAUGGUGCCCACCCUUCAACUGUACCUUCAGCUACAAAAAACUUCAGACCCGACUAUCUUCUGGGUGAAGGUGGUUUUGGCCGAGUGUACAAAGGGCUUUUAGAGAGUACAGGCCAGGUUGUUGCUGUUAAGCAGCUAGAUAGAAAUGGACUACAAGGAAGCAGGGAGUUUCUUGUGGAAGUGCUGAUGCUUAGCCUUCUGCACCAUCCUAAUUUAGUCAACUUGAUUGGUUGUUGCGCAGAAGGUGAUCAACGACUUUUGGUCUAUGAAUAUAUGCCCAUGGGCUCCUUGGAAGAUCAUCUUCAUGAUCUUCCACCUGAUAAGGAGCCAUUGGAUUGGAACACAAGGAUGAAGAUUGCAGCUGGUGCUGCUCGAGGACUGGAGUACUUGCAUGAUAAGGCGAACCCCCCUGUUAUCUAUCGUGAUUUUAAAUCAUCAAAUAUUUUGUUAGAUGAUAAUUUUAAUCCGAAAUUAUCAGACUUUGGUCUGGCCAAACUUGGACCAGUUGGUGAUAAAACACACGUCUCUACAAGAGUAAUGGGGACAUAUGGCUAUUGUGCUCCAGAGUAUGCUAUGACAGGCCAGUUGACUUUGAAAUCUGAUGUCUACAGUUAUGGCGUGGUUUUGUUAGAGUUGAUUACAGGAAGAAAGGCCAUUGAUAAAUGUCGAGCUGCUGGAGAGCAUAAUCUUGUAGCCUGGGCACGACCUCUAUUCAGAGACCGCAGAAAAUUUCCACAGAUGGCGGAUCGUUUGUUACAAGGUCGUUAUCCAAUGCGUGGGUUGUAUCAAGCUCUUGCUGUUGCAGCAAUGUGUCUUCAGGAACAAGCUGCUACUCGCCCUCUUAUUGGUGAUGUUGUAACCGCACUUGCUUACCUGGCUUCUCAAACAUAUGACCCUAGUCUGCAGCCUGGUCAGAGUAAUAGAUUUGCUCCAGGAACACCUAGAGAGAAGAAAGAUAAGAGAUUGAGUGAUGUUACAGAAUGCCAGGAUGAAGUGUUGCAGAAGGAUCGAGGCAGAAGACAAGCUGGUUUUCAAUCACCAUCUCAGAAUUCACCGGAGCUGCCCCAGAAAAAUAUUACUAGACAACAUUCAAUUGCUGGGAGUGAAAUUUCCAGAGGUCAGGAAAAAGGAUCAGGGAGAAGAAGUUUGGAUGAUUUUGAGAAACGGGAAGGUCAGAGGGAUAGCCCUAGCUAUGCUGGAAGAGGUAGAGAAGGCCAGAAGAACUUUGCAUCAAACCGUGAGCGGGAGCGUGCUGUUGCUGAGGCUAAGAUUUGGGGAGAAAAUUGGAGAGAGAAAAUGAGAGCAAAUCAACAAGGUGGGAGCUUCGAUGGUGGUAUAGGAUAGAAAACUUGCAUGUCUAUUAGAAUGUACAUGCUGUGACCAUGAGCAGGGGUAUGCUGUUGCUGAGGCUAAGAUAUGGGUAGAAAAUUGGAGAGAAGAAAAGAUGAGCAAGUCAACAAAGGUGGGAGUUUUGAUGGUGGUAGAGGAUAGAAAAUUUGUAUGUCUAUUUAGAAUGUACUUGCUUUGGUUCUUCCAGAAGAGCCCGAGUCACACUUGUUAGUUGACAGGAAACAUGAGUUCGUGAAUACCCAUUUUGAAGUUUGGUGGAUGUAUCAGUGUUGUCUUGAUUGUUUUGAGGAUACCAUUUGGCCUAUCUUUUAGAGGAAAUCAAGCAGUAUGUGCAAAUGCAGAAGAGGAUAAUUUAAUCACAUCUAAGGAUUUUUUUAAUGCCAAUGAAGAAGCUUUUGAUGUAUUUGGAUAACCAGAAUUUAAAUAGUUCUUUUGGGCUGCAGGGCCAUCUGCAUUCAUGAAAUAGGAUAGUGCAUCUUGUCCUUUCUAAGACAGUGGAUGACAGCUUGGUAGAAUUUGUACAUUAACAAGGCAGGCUACCCAGAACCUUGUGUAAGGCAUUGAGAUGGAGCAUGAACAAUGGAAUGGUGAUGUCUGACAAUGCAUCUUUUCUCCAAGGAGGUAGUUGAACAACUAUAUGCCCAACAGUCAUUUACGUAUAUGUUUCAUGUUCCUUUACACAGUUCAAAUGUGGGAAAGAAGGGAAGGUGUCAAGUCUCUGUCAUGAAGUGUGGAUUUACAUUCUUGAAUGGUUCCUGUAUUAUGUAGAAUUUCGAGGACAAAAUGAGAGGCAAUUUUAUUCAAUGUAUUCAUUCUGUGAUAUUCAGGUAUUCUUCCUCUAUGUCAGUGGUUCUCUCUUAGGCCUCAGCCAGGUGGAACCUAUGUUACAAUGAGUUGCUUUUCUGACUUGUAGACAGCAAUGUAAUAUUAUUUUGUAUUUUUAAGAAUUUAUAACAUAUCACAUCCCAUUAUACUGUUCA